AUGAGAGUGGGGGAGGAAGGGUUUGACACCCAGAUCGAAUUCUUCCACGCCCAACCAACCAGGCUCAGUGUAAGCGAGUGUGAGGAGAAGUUACCAACCUGCAGAGUGAGUAAUCUUGCAUUCCGACACCUGAUUGAGUUUACUUAUACUGCCAAGCUGAUGUUGCUUCAGGAGGAAGAGGCGAGUGAUGUGUGGAAGGCAGCUGAAUACUUGCAGAUGGAAGAGGCAAUGAAAGCACUCAACAAUCGAGACAAUGCAGACUCACCGGCGAAAGCCAAGACAUCUGGCAAGAGGAAAGUCAAGAAGCGCACAAUAGCAGAAACAUCGAAUGUCAUCACAGAAACCCUGCCAUCCAUCCAAGAAACGGAUACCGUAGAAAUUGACCAGGAGAAUGUUUUUGCUGCAGAGAUCGUGGAGAUCAACGCAGAAGAGAUGGAAGAGGAGGCUAGGGCUACUGUGAUGGAAGCAGUGGAGAACCUGCCAACAGCAGAUGAGUCGGCACAGCCGUCUGGUGAUGUGGCAGGCUCGGAACAACCGGCCGAAUCAGCACUUGCUCUGCUCGCCGAUAUCACCAGCAAAUACCAACAGGAUGAGCUGGACAAGGAGCUGGAGAAGGAAGGGGAACGGGAGUCUGCCGGCCAGUCCCAAGAGGAGUCCGAAACAUCCAUUGUAACGGAGGAUGGGAUCCACAUCGUGGAAGUGCUAGCACAGGGUGACAAACUGUUCUGUUGUGAGAAAUGCAGCCGCUCCUUCAGACUCUUUUAUCACUUCAAGGAGCACCUGAAGGUGCACUCGGGGGAGAACUACGUAUGUCACCUUUGCAGCAAACAGUACACACGGGAGAGUGCCUGGAAGCAGCACCUCUCCUCUCACCGCGAAGAAGAAGGUGGGAACAAGAAGCCAAGGUGUGUUCGCAAAGUGCAUGUGUGUCAGUACUGUGAGAAACAGUUUGACCACUUUGGACAUUUUAAAGAACAUCUUCGAAAGCACACGGGUGAGAAGCCCUUCGAGUGUCCAAACUGUCAUGAGCGAUUUGCCAGGAACAGCACACUGAAAUGUCACCUGGUGGCCUGCCGAACGGGUAUGGGUGCAAAGAAAGGAAGGAAGAAGAUGUACGAGUGUCAGGUUUGCUCCAGCGUCUUCCCCAGCUGGGACCAGUUUAAGAAUCACCUGGCAGUGCACACAGGCGAGAAACCCAAUCACUGCACCAUUUGCGACAUGUGGUUCAUGCGGGCUAGCGAGCUGCGGCAACAUGUCAAGGAUGUCCAUGGAGCUGCUGAGCAGGAAGUGGGUGAGGUGACGGAAAUUGUGGUGCCCGUGGAGGUGAUUGACACUGAGGCGAUGGAGGGGGAGACUAUCAUUGAGCAGGUGACGGUGUAGGAGACGGCCAUGAGAGUGGGGGAGGAAGGGUUUGACACCCAGAUCGAAUUCUUCCACGCCCAACCAACCAGGCUCAGUGUAAGCGAGUGUGAGGAGAAGUUACCAACCUGCAGUGGGUAGAAGUGGGGUUAUCAGCGGGGCAGUUCAAAGCCGCUGACACCAGCUUUGAUGACAACUAGCAGUACUCUUGCCAGCGCGGGGACUACUCAGUGGCUGCAUUUCCACCGUUGUCGGAAUACAAGUGGCAACCAAAUUCUUUUUGCCACCUGACUGGAAAGAACUGCGGUGCAAGACUGUGUAAAUGAAAUCUUCUUGUCUGAGCUCGUUUGGACUUCCACAGCUGUUGAGGUGUUUGGGUUACCAUCGUUCGGUCCAGGGAUGUGAAGUAUCUGGGUUAACAGGAACCAAUAGCGAUGGGAAUGCUCUUGCUACCACUGGCUGAAAAUCCCAGCUGACCACUUUCUGACUCGUGGCAAAGCAAUAUGGACACACCGCAGAUUGUACACGAGGCACUCCUGCUGGAAGCACCCUAUUGUGCAGUCACAGUCACAUAUAUACUGGGAAUCUUUGUUAAUAUUAACUUCAAUCACCUGUGCUUUGUACAUAGCUGGGGGUGCAGCCUGUCUGGUCUACCAGGAAGUGCUGGACCUUUUGGAAUGGAUUGUUGAUGCAAAGCGGAGAAGACCCACUCAUGCUGGGGUCAUUCCAGUCACCCAGCUCACUUCUGUAAACAUUCACAAUGAAUGCACAGCAAUUAAAUCCAUUUACAGGCCUGUCAAUAAAAAACAGUGGCUGGUUCAGUAGACA